UCAACUUCAAACACAGCAUGCCAAUGUUCAAUGCUAGCAUUUACUAUUAUUUUACGCAUAUAAGGCAGUGUCGUUACCUCCAAUGAACGUCAUAUGGCUUCUCAGCCUCCUUUUUCUGGGACCGUUUCUCCUCUUUCUAGCGUUCUUGGUGUUGACCUCCUGCCUCGGGGAUAGCUUCCGUGCCCGCAUUGCAGGUUUCUCUAUCAACCCCCGAGAGGCCAUCUACGAUCGUAGUUAUUUACGGACGAUGACGAAUAGCGGUUCUGCUAUGUCCGAGCAGAUUGAGCUGGAGGAUAUGUUAAGAGAUCGUGCGGAUGGUUAUGACAGUGAUGAUGCCUUAUGAUCGAGAUAUAGGUUACAACUUCAAUCGCCCAGGAAAAUAAUUUGGAGAUGAUUAGAAUUCUAGAUGUUCUUUGCUCGUUCCACCUGAAGCGCCACCCUGCUGUGCUUCGUUAUCCCCCUCCACGGGUGGCAGGCUAAAUGGCUUAAUCGCGAAUUUCCUCCUGCUAAGAGUGAAGGCCCAAUCGUCGCCCAAACUGCUAUCCCCGCCCCCUCCUCCUCGCUCAUGCAGAACGGGCAGCCGGUGGAUUUUGAGCAUACCCUGUGGUGGUUCUUCCUGUGCUGUGGCUGCUCCCGAUGUUGCAGAUGGGCUGGCAUCGGAUAGAUGUGGGAAUGGUGCGAGCUCGAUAACACCGUCGCUCAACAGUUCAAUCCAUCGAGUGAGUCCCGAGGCUCUAGGGUAUAGGAAUAAUGGGAGGGUAAUCAUCGCCGUUACGCGAUUGGAGUACGACGACAGAAUGGCGCGCAUGGAAUGCAGAAACUGCAAUACGUGUUCGGGUUGGCUGGCAUGUUGGGGGGAUAAAGCUGGAGAAAGCAGGGAUGGAAUUAUUAUUCGGUGGAUGAUAUUUGGGGGUGAAGUUGAUAUUGCGGUAGACAGUCGAUGGAGAGCAGAUGUAUACGGAGAUGCAGUUGGUGUUGAGGAGGUUGAAAGAGGGAUGUAAUUUAUAGAAGGGAGAGAGGGAUGGGCCAGGCGCUUCGUUAAAUCAAACGUGUGACAGAACACCUGCGGUGCCGGGGAGGAUUGUGAUGAAUCUGCAGUUUUCUCUGCUGUUGGAGCAGGGGCUGUUUAAAUAAUUAGCCAUUCGCGUACUUCCUCAGACACCCUGACCAAACCAUGCUCCUCGUCAUGGGGGAAAUAGACACAAAAAUACUAUCGACCAACAUACGUCUAGACCCUGCGACGCCAGCGCCAAAUUCGCCCAAUCGCUCGUAUCUCCAGGCUAUUUUCAUUUUCUCUCCUGCGCUUUUACUAGGUUUAUCAUCUGCAGUUUCUCCCGCUCCAACAAGCCCAGGAAGAGCCCUCCCCCAUUGCUCACCAACACCAAUGAUAUGAAGUUGGUGCUCUUGAACCACACCCUCAGCAGCGAAAUACCUCAGCAAAGCACCGGCAAAAUCGGUUGUACCGCUUUCUUCAAUCAGAAGCGAAUUCCCCAGCACUAAUCCUGCAUGCCCGGCUAAUAAAUUAUCUAAGGUUGGAGUACCGGUGGACGUGGUCUGUCGCCCAUCGAUAGGUGAGGGGCGGAGUCCUAAAGUAGGCUUGGUGGGCGGUUGCGGAGGCUGCGACGGUUGCGAACUGGGUAGAUUGGGAGCAAUUCCACGGGGUGAGCCUGGCGAUAGACCUAUAUUCCUUUUGCGGAAUGACAUGAUAGCGAACAAAAGAGGAUGUUGAAAAAUUUCUACAUAUAGCUUAUGAGAAUCAAGAAGUUCGUCACAAAAUAACUUAAAAAGAGCCAAGGGCGAGAGAUAUUUACUGCUGCUUUAGGGGACCCC